AGUCAGUCACUCCCGGGAAUCUGUUACCCGAGGAACUGUCACCGGUGUGCCUGGGUGGACAAAUGCUACGGCGGCUGAGCUGCUAGUCUUGAUACCUGUCAAGUAGAUACAUGUAUACUGGAUAAUAUAUAUAUCUACCUGUGCUCAGGUAACACGGCAUAAACAAAUCAUCACCGUUAGAGAAUAGUGGUUAUAAUAGGAUCGUAAACAACAUGCAUCUGUACAACGUACACAUGCCAGCUACUAACCGUGAGAAAGACAUGACUACCUGGUCGCUAUGGCAGAAGAUGCCCCCGAGAUAUCAGCUGACGACACGCAGUCCGCUGGAGUCGGAGGAACCGGAAGUUCUCAUAGACGACCGACCGCGCACGCCCAGAACGCCAAGACCUAUGACGUCUCCAAGAUCACAGGGCGACACGAAUGCGCGACCGUCACCGAGGGCUUAUAUUGCCGGAAGUCCUCGCCAAGGAGAGACCCGAACCACCAACGUUCCUAAUAUGCGUCGACCGCUAUUUCCAGGACGAAAAUCGAGCUAUAUCGAUCAUGUAAAGACUCAAAAGAGAGUCAAUUCUGCGAGGAUCAAAUUGGCUGCAAACCCGUCCCCAACUACGCGUCCGUCUCGACAGAGAGCUAAAACAGCUCCGCUAAACAGUCCGAGGAGUGCCGAAGUAUACUGUAGUUCUAGAGCGGGAUCGAUUUCACAGCAACAAAAUAGAGACACUUCCGAAAGUUUAAAGACGGAAAGUACAGGGGAAUUCUCAACGAAGAUAGAUUUGUCUCCUGACGUGAUUGGUCUUGAUGAUGAUCGGUCUUCUUCAGGGGCGUCGGGGUUUUCACAGAGAGAAAUUCCUCCGAGGAAGUUUAUUGUGCGGGAAACAGACGAAGGAACUCUAUAUAUAGACAAUGGUAAAGUAGUUUUCUUCCGAAAAACUCGUCAGAACGGAACUGAUCUGAUGAAAAUUAAUGGUGUCGGGUCAUCAGAAAAGGGUGGGUUUCUGGCUAGUAUUCGGCGCGAAUAUCUCAACAAGCCGCGUUAUCUUGCAAACACAAUGAAAACACAUGGUCGGACGUCAACAAGCGAAGACCGUCUGAUUCAGCGCGAAAGACUCACAUACAAUCAGAAGGUUGGCCAUAUACUGGAUUAUUAUUCUAGUGAUGACGAGGAUCAAAUUUCUAUGGAUGAUUUGUCAAGAUACACUAAGAGUCCGAAAUCUUGGAGAAACACUUCGAGCACUAGAGAACUGUCACCGCGCGUGAGGAAAAUUUAUUUAGACGAGAAUCCUCGUCGUGAUCGUCGACAUGCGUCAUCGCAUUAUGACGUCAUGGAUGAUCAAAGUGCGUACCUUAAACUGACAAGUCAGUCAAAACUGCAUGACAGGAAGUUUUAUCUGCGCACGCCCGGAUUUCAGAUGCUUGUCCCAGGCGCUCAAGGAAUCACCGCGGCCAAUUUUGAAAAGAACUGUAAGUGCGGGAUGUGUCGUAUUGAAAUGCAAAUAUCGCUGCUGGCACAAUUAGGAAUACAAUUCCCGGUUCAGGAAGCAUUUGCCGAGGAGCAUUUUGUUAAGCAAAAUCCAACAAAACAAGCUGAAGAAGAUACACAAACUGAAAAUAAAACUUCACAGACAGAAAUCAAAAUCGUGGAAAAGGAGAAAGCACAGACAUCAAACAUAGCGGAAGUACCGAGUCGUCCGGAACAAGUAUUAACAAUCACCUUACCGGAAAUGACAUCAGAAAGGGAAGCAACUGAUAUUUCGACACGAGAAUCUGCUAGAGAAACAUACAGAAGUGUUCCCGGAGACUGAUCACUGGUGUUGUGGACGUCAACAGGUAUCUGUUGAUAGGGGAGGUAACUCGAUAAUACUGUAAUAUCCUUUGUGUCUGCACUCGCUACACCUCUGCUGUUUUCGUAACUACAUCGCGAAGACUACCGGAAUCACCCGCAUUUGGAACACCUCGGCCAAUUCGCUGCGGUCAUCUAACCUUUGAUGGAAGGUACUC